CAUACUGCCAUCUCCCUCAACUAGUUGCAAAAGCACACGUUCUUCCAAUAUUCCAUCAGCCAUGCCUGGAGCAGCUGCUGCCGCUGUUGUUGACAGCCGCCUGUGCACACAGCACGCGGAAGGCCCUGCUGCGGUCCUCGCCAUCGGCACUGCAAACCCGGCAAAUAUCGUCUAUCAAGAUGGGUUUGCCGACUACUACUUUGGUCUAACCAAGAGCGAGCAUCUUAUUGAGCUGAAGGACAAAAUGAAGAGGAUAUGUCACAGAUCGGGAAUAGAGAAACGCUACAUCCACCUUGAUGACAAGCUCAUCUGUGAGCACCCGGAGAUCAUCGACAAACACAUGCCCUCCCUUGAAACUCGUGUAGACAUCGUCUCUACUGAGGUCCCGAAGCUCGCCGAGUCAGCCACACGGAAGGCCAUCGCCGAGUGGGGCCGUCCGGCCAUUGACAUUACGCACCUCAUCUUCAGCACCUACUCCGGGUGCAGUGCUCCUAGCGCUGACCUCAAGCUGGCAUCACUACUCGGCCUCAACCCUUCUGUUUCUCGCACCAUCCUUAGCCUCCACGGUUGCUCUGGAGGCGGUAGGGCACUUCAACUUGCCAAGGAGCUCACCGAGAACAACCGUGAUGCACGCGUUCUCGUAGCCUGUGCCGAGCUGACGCUAAUAUGCUUCUCAAACCCAGAUGAAAGCAAAAUUGUCGGCCAUGGACUGUUUGGGGAUGGUGCCGGAGCAAUCAUUGUCGGCGCUGGCCCACUGGUCGAUGAAGAGCGCCCACUAUUCGAGAUGGUCCUCGCCUCGCAAACAACGAUACCAAGUACUGAGCAUGCACUUGGCAUGCAGACCACCGCCAGUGGCAUAGAUUUCCACCUCUCUAUCCAGGUGCCAACACUGAUCAAGGACAACAUCCGGCAGUGCUUGCUUGACACAUUCCGAUCGGUUGGAAACAUGGAUCCUAAUUGGAAUGACCUCUUCUGGGCAGUGCACCCUGGUGGCCGUGCGAUCCUUGACAACAUAGAAGGCGAGCUUCAGCUGCAACCAGCAAAGCUUGCGGCAAGCCGCCAUGUGUUGAACGAGUAUGGGAAUAUGAGCGGCACGACGAUCGCGUUUGUUCUUGAUGACUUGCGUCGCCGUCGGGAGAAGGAAGGAGAUCAGCAUCAACAACUUGAGUGGGGAGUAAUGCUAGCCUUUGGACCAGGUAUCACAAUAGAGGCAAUGGUGCUGCGUAACCCACUCUCAUGAAGUCUUAAGGAAAAUUAAUUGCCACUAUCUUAUGCUUGUCUGGUAUCUUAUUACGGUAUAUGUUAAUUAAUCAAUGCAUGACACUAAAUCAAUUCUGCAUGCUUAAGUGGAAUUAUGACCUACCGGUGAUGUAUUGAUGUUGUGGAGUUCCUAUCUAAUGUUUAUUGCUGUUUUUUCUGUAUUUGUAACAAAAUUUGUAAUACCCUGUGUAUAAUUGAAAAAGCAUAUUGCUUAUAUGAGUUGCUUCAAUCCGAGUUUGGAUCAAUUGAGAUGUAUCUUUCAAGAAAACACUUGAAUAAGAUCAAGUCAGUAUUUUGCAAGUGAAAAAAUGUUCCAAAACAAGAUAAAAAGAUGCAAUCAAUUUCAACUUAAUCUUUAGUAAUUAAGAUUGUUUUUCUUCUCAAAUAUACAUGAGAUGUUGUGUAUCAUUGCAUUAAUGGAAGAACGGAGGCGUAAGAUGCAAAUACAAAUAAUCAGAAAAGACAAAAAGUGAGAAAACAAAACACGAGCAAAAGAAGAACAAAGUGCCUAACCGAGGCUCUCCCAACAACCUGAAUCAUGGGCCUUCUUAACCGGGAUCUAUAAUCAACGAAAUUCCCCUAGGCUCAAUAGGUGAGCCUCGUCACUCGCUAGAACUAGUCGAGAAGAUGAUUGGAGCAGCCUCGUUGAAAACACAGGCGUUUCGAUGCUUCCAAAUAGAACAUGCCCUAAGAAUGAUCAUAUUAUUUAUACCCUUCCUUAUAGCCCGUUUUACCAAAUUCUUGUGUCUUAGCUAGGGAGAUCGAUCUGCUUUCAGAACCGGCGGCGCGUUCAUCUUCUCGUCGUUCGAUCUGAUCAGCGAGAACAAUUCUGACACCGGUGUGUUCUUCGAUAGAUCCAUCUGAUCGGCGGCAGCAUACGCGCUUCAUCCCACGGCGAGUUCUUUGAUGAAUCUGGUUGGUGGCGGCAGGCGUGCGUCCUCCUGUCGUCUCAUCGAGUUAAUCGGCUCGACGUGAUUGAGUUUUCGGCGCAGCAAUCCGAAGCGGAGUUCUUUUUUGCUACCACGCAUCCACCGAAAAAGCAGCAGCGCAUAGCUGCACGGCUCUGGAGGAGGAAGAAAAAUCAAUUGAAGAUACUGCUCGCUUCGUGUUUAUGUGAAGUUCCAAAUUCCUGUUGGAUUUUUGUACGUCCACAAAGACUUUAUAUCAGGGAAUUUCUUUUCUUUUGGAAUCUAUUAUAUAUAUUUUUUGAUCUGGAAUU